AUGAAUAGCCUGCUGGACCUCAUCUUCGCUUUCAAAGUAAUGAUCGGUAGCAUUCAAGCUACUGAUAGCCUCGUCGAUUAUGUUAACGUUCUAGCUGGUACUUCUAAUACUUAUGAGUUGUCUACUGGUGGCGCCACGCCCCUCAUGGGCCGACCAUUCGGCUUCAAUCAUUGGUCUGUUCAAACUGAACCCGACCAUGCCACUGUGCGCUACUUCAACCCGGCCUCGAGAAGCUUCUAUGGUGUUCGAUGCACUCACCAACCGUCCAUAUGGAUAGGCGACUAUGGUUAUUUUCUCGUUAAUGCUAUCAUUUCCCGUGACGAACCACAGCAAUCUGUGUCGUUCGCUCCGCUGCAGACUACUUACAAGCCACACUACUUCAAGUCAUCGGCUCUGUAUCCUGGUAACGCUGAUAUGGGUCAACUCAACGGUGCUUGUGAGACUAUUUGA